CGUCGGAGCCAAGGUGACCAAUCACAUUACACGGAUCUGGCGGGGCACGUCCUAGAAGCAGAGAGAGAGAGAGAGAGAGAGAGAUCUGAGGGGAUAACCUUGUUUGGGCCGGGGGGGCCGGAGAGCGGAUAUGAGAGAGUGAGAGGGAGAAGGAGAGGGAGGGGGAUAAGGGACUUCGCUGGAUAAAUACCCUGCUCACGCUCCCGCUCGUCUGUAAUAGUCUGCUGAGAGCCCAUCCGGAACCAGUUCUGCUCUGUCGACCGACGUAUUCAUCUACUCUUUUACCCUCGCUCGCGCCGCACAGAGAUCUGCAGAGCAUCGAUUGCGGCUCUAUACUUAUCAAUCCUACCUACCUCCACUACCUAUCGGUAUAUUGCUAUCCAGACACGAUGGCUAACGAUAGCCCUGUCACCAACACCCGGCCUACCGUCCGAGUCGGCGUCUUCAUCCCCCGGAAGUGCCAGAUGCUCGACGCGGCGACUGUGGACGUCCUCGGGACCAUGGACUACGAAUACAUGAAGAUGGUAGAGGGUAUCUUUCCGAGCUCGGUCGUCGAGCUGGCGCCGUCGGUCAAGGUCCGGUACAUCGGGACGGGGCCAGCGGGCGGGCCGAUCCCGGUGACGUCCGGGGGCAAGCUCGUGUCGACGCACCGCUACUCGGACCCGGAGGUGGCGCCGGGCGAGCUCGACAUCGUGAUCGUGCCGGGGCCGGACCCGUUCGAGCCCAUCGACCGCGAGUCGCUGCCCUGGCUGGCGGCGCACGGCGCGCGCGAGGACGUCGACAUCCUCAGCGUGUGCACCGGCAUCUUCAUCGUCGGCGAGGCCGGCCUGCUCCGGGGCAAGGUCGCCGCCGGCCCCCGCGACGCCCAGGACCUCAUCCGCGCCAAGGACUACGGCGUCAAGGAGCUCGUCGGCGACCGGUACCGCUGGGUCCAGGACGGGAAUCUGUGGUCGAGCGGCGGUGUCACGAACGGCAACGACAUGGUGGCGGCGUACUGCCAAGCGUCGCCGCGCUUCCCGGACGCGCUAGUGGCGAUCGCGUGCGCGGUCACGGACGUGGGCGACCGGCCGCGCGAGUACGAGCAGCCGUCGAACAUACCUAAGAUCUCCACGGAGAACGUGGGUAACAUCUUAGCCUCGAAGACCGCGGGCGCAAAGCCGUAGGCCGUCUCUCGGAUAGAUAGCCGGCGUAGGGGGGGAAGAGGCGGAGCGAGGGCCAAGGGAUGGACGGCGAGGUUAUAGAAAGGAAGAAGUCCGUGCUCGCUCGCCUCCCCGCCUGGGAGGGAAUGCGGGGAGAAAGAGGAGGAGGGGGGGGGAGCGGAUCGCAGAUGGGCUGUCGUGCCUCGCGUUUCCGUCUCGUCUCGGAAGUUUAGCUGGGAUCGUUACAUAUACUCUCGCAUAUCAGGGAAGAAACACGCAAUGAUGUAUUCGUCCCGUACGCCUUGCUUACGCUCUAGCUCUGACACGAUUCGCCAGGUCUAAGAACCGGUCGGAGAUCUUGGUACCAUUUGGUUCUUGCUCGUCUGGCCUUUUUAGUAAGUACCUAUUAUCAACUUUUGUCUUGCACCUGUAAAUUUCCGCAGGUCGAGCUGGCUUUCUUCAUUUCGUCCCCAGCCCCCCCCCUCCCUCGCGCAAUAUGCCUUACCCUGCCCGGAUCCAGGCAAUAUGGGCAUCCAUAUGUGAGCGUAGUACCGCAGGUGCGAAGACGUCGAAAACGCCGUGGUGGCUUGACCACCCCCCAGGAGAUUCGGUGGUGGCAUAGGUAUAGAUAGAGAAAUUUGUCUGGCGGGUGACUCGAUCGGUGAUUAUUUUGGGGGGGUUGAAACGGAGGUAAGGGGGAAAAGCAGCCAGGUUUUUUUUUUU